AUGAUGUCCUACAUUAAGCAGCCUCAUUACGCCGUGAACGGGUUAACUCUAUCCGGCCCGGGAAUGGACCUGCUACACUCCGCCGUCGGAUACCCAAACACUCCACGCAAGCAGCGCCGGGAGAGAACCACGUUCACCCGUGCCCAGCUCGACAUCCUGGAGGCGCUGUUCUCCAAGACUCGCUACCCCGACAUCUUCAUGCGGGAGGAGGUGGCGCUCAAAAUCAACCUGCCCGAAUCUCGAGUCCAGGUGUGGUUCAAGAACCGACGGGCCAAGUGCCGCCAGCAGCAGCAGCAGAGCAGCGGUCAGUCCAAGCCGCGGCCGCCCAAGAAGAAGGCGUCUCCGGCCCGCGAGUCCAACAGCGCCGAGGUGGGCGGCGGCGGCGGCGGCGGCACCAACGGGCCCUACAGCCCCGCCCCGCCUCCCCCGGGCACCGCCAUCGCCCCCAGCUCCAGCGGCACCGCCGCCACCGUGUCCAUCUGGAGCCCGGCGUCCAUCUCGCCGCUGCCCGACCCGCUCUCGGCCUCCACCACCCCCUGCAUGCAGCGGGCGUCCGCCUACCCCAUGACCUACACGCAGGCGCCGGCCUACAGCCAGAGCUACGGCGCCUCGUCCUCCUACUUCACGGGCCUGGACUGCAGCUCCUACCUGUCCCCCAUGCACCCGCAGCUGUCGGCCACCGGGGGCGCCCUGAGCCCCAUCACCGCCUCCUCCAUGGGCGGUCCGCUGAGCCAGUCGCCGGCCUCGCUGUCCUCCCAGGGCUACAGCGCCGCCUCGCUGGGCUUCGGCGCCGUCGACUGCCUGGACUACAAGGACCAGGCCGCCUCCUGGAAGCUCAACUUCAACGCGGCCGACUGCCUGGACUACAAGGACCAGAACUCCUGGAAGUUUCAGGUGUUGUAG